AUGGAGGGGGAAGGAGGGGGAGAGACAGACGUGCAGUCGGUGUCCCUGUACGGGGCACCGGUAUGGGCCGAUAAAGUCCUGGCCAGCCGGCGAAUCAAAGCGAUGAUUCAUCGCCAACAACGCCGGUUGGCCGUUAGGAUAAUUCGGUCCUACUGCACGACGUCGUUCGUGGCGGCCACGGCCCUGGCGGGCCUCCUCCCGGUCGAGUUCUUGGCGAACUCGUACGCCGAGGUUUAUCGGCGUACGAGGGACCCUGACCGUACCGGGAGUGCCCGUCUAAGACCAGGGGCCGUGGACAAAAUUAGGAAGAGUGCCCGUCGCAGUGCUGUGUUCCAAUGGCAAGAGGCUAUUGCGGACUCUGCGACGGGCAGAUGGACCACCCACGCCAUCCAGCCCUGUCUACCGGAAUGGGUAGACAGGCGAGGACGAGGACUCGAGUUCCACCUAACACAG